AUGGCCAGAUCUAUGAACCCCUUGCACACAACGAUCGUGCUCUCGGUGGUGCUUCUUCUCGUCUUCUUGGCUAAUCAUGGGCAAAGCAGAAACUUGGAUCCAGACAUGGGAAACGGUAGUAAGGUCAUUUUGCCAGGCGAUCUGUGCCGAGCUGGAUCCUGCGCAGAUAUGCCGGGGUGUUACUGCUGUAUGAGCGACGACAUCUGCCGCCCUUCACUCGUCGCGUGCUCGAAAACCUGUGGAAGGUCUUCUUCUACCCGUGUUCUUCGCCGCCCUCCCGUCUAG